AUGGCUGACGCCCUUGUCACUCUAUCGUCCAUGUUCAAAGUGAGCUCACAUGGAGAUUUGCCAUACAUCGAAUUCAGAUGUCGUGUUGAGCCUGCACAUUGUUGUUUGAUAGAAGAGGAAGAGGAUGGUAAACCUUGGUACUUUGAUAUCAAGAAAUACAUUAAAGAUAAGGAAUACCCGCUUGAGGCCUCUGACAAUGACAAAAGAACAUUUCGGAGAUUGGCAACCAAUUUCCUCUUGAGUGGGAAUGUCUUGUACAAAAGAAACCAUGACAUGGUGUUGCUUCGAUGUGUUGAUGCAAAAGAGGCCGAACAAAUGCUAGUGGAGGUGCAUGAGGGAUCCUUUGGUAUUGUAGCACCGUGGCCAUUCUCAAUGUGGGGCAUAGACAUGAUCGGGGCCAUCGAACCCAAGGCUUCAAGCAGGCAUCGCUUCAUUUUAGUCGCCAUUGAUUACUUCACCAAAUGGGUGGAAGAAGCUUCAUAUGCUAGCAUGACUAGAAAUGUGGUGAUUAGAUUCAUUAAGAAGGAGAUAAUUUGCAGAUAUGGGUUACCCAGAAAGAUCAUCACCGAUAAUGCCACCAAUUUAAACAACAAGAUGAUGAAGGAAAUGUGUGAGGACUUCAAAAUCCAAUACCAUAAUUCCACACCUUAUAGGCCCAAGAUGAACGGGGCAAUUGAGACUUCUGUACGCACAGCUACUGGGGCAACCCCGUUCUCUUUGGUAUACAGGAUGGAAGUUGUGCUCCUGUUUAAGGUGGAGAUUCCUUCUUUAAGAAUCCUAGUAGAGUUAGGAUUGGAAGAAGUAGAUUGGGCCCAGACACACUUUGAUCAAUUAAAUCUUAUUGAAGGUAAGAGAUUGGCUGCCAUGAGCCAUGGGCGACUAUAUCAGAGCAGAGUGAAAAACACUUUUGACAAGAGGGUGCGCCCGCGUAAGUUCAGCGAGGGGGAUCUUGUUCUGAAGAAAGUGUCGCAAGUUCAAAAGGAUCACUGA